AGUGGAUAGGACCAAUCCACAUCUCAGUCCGUUCGUCUCUUCUCUUCCCCCAAUCCCCUUGCCUUUGCUUGCCCAUUGUGAUUCAAAGCAACCAUGGCAACCGCAAUGUCCCCCUCCCCCUCGGCCGCAAUCGCUCGCCCCAGCCAUCCUCGCUCCUGUGCUGCUGCUUCGGUGGCCCUCCGCUCGGGCUUCCUGGGCCGCGGGCUGGCCGCGGUGGUGCCGGUGGCCGUGGACGACCCCAGAUGCCGUCUCCGCCGCCGCGUCUCCUUCUCCGUGCGCAUGGCCUGGGACGGGCCCCUCUCGUCGGUGCGCCUCAUCAUGCAGGGCAGGAACGUGAAGCUGAGCGACAAGCUCAAGGAGCACAUCGAGGACAAGGUGGGCCGGGCGGUGUCCAAGCACUGCCACCUGGUCCGGGAGGUGGACGUGCGCCUCUCCGCGCGCGGCGGCGAGCUCGGCCGCGGACCCAAGACGUCGCGCUGCGAGAUCACGCUCUUCAGCAAGCGCCACGGCGUCCUGCGCGCCGAGGAGGACGCCGAGUCCACCUACGCCAGCAUCGACCUCGCCGCCGCCAUCAUCAAGCGCAAGCUCCGCAAGAUCAAGGAGAAGGAGACGGAGGUGCGGCGCGACGGCGACGGUGGUGCGGGAGGCGCCUGGGAAGAGGAGCUCCCGCUGCUCGACGACGACCUGGUGGAGGCCGACGAAUUGGCUGCGGCCGUGGGCGCGGAGGACGAGCAGACUGUUGUCGCCAAGGUGGUGCGCACCAAGGUGUUCGAGAUGCCGCCGCUGACGGUGGAGGAGGCGCUGGAGCAGCUGGACAACGUGGGCCACAACUUCUACUGCUUCAGGGACGAGGCAACGGGCCAGGUCAACAUCCUCUACCGCAGGAAGGAAGGCGGCUACGGCCUCAUCAUCCCCAAGGAGGACGGCAACUUCGACAACAAGGACACCGUCGGCGUUGCGCAACCACCACCACCCGCCGCUCCGGAGCCGUCCUUGGCCGUGCACACCGCCGCCGACAACAACUGAUGAUCCUUUUCUUUUUUUUUUUGCUUGCUUGCUUGCUGCUACUGUAAAACAAACUCCACCUAGAACUCGUCGACAUCUCAUCUCCAUCAGUUGCAUGCAUUGGCACAUUGCUGUGUCUGUGUCUGUGUCUGUGUCACUCUGUCACACACAUUACUCACAUAGUAUUGCUCAAGUUUAACUCUCCUUCA